AUGAAGCUGGCGUCCUCCGUGUCUCUGCUCGCCACAGCGGCGACCGGCCCGAGCCUGCUUCUGCCCCUCUUUGCAGACGCUGCGGGAAUGGCUGCAGUCUGUGAAUCGCCCACUCGGCCUCUGGAGUUGGUGUCUGAGACCAACGCGCCUCUGCGCUUCCGCUGCGGCAAGGAGUUUCCCGAGUUGGUCCCUCUGGACGGUCGCGCCUUUGCCGUCGACGCCGACGGCACGUGCGGCGCAACCCUCGUCGACGAAGAUCUGGUCCAGGUUGCGCUCCGGCCGAUGCCUACCAGUGAGUCUGCAGGCGUGAAGGACCCGAAGGGAUAUCUUGUCAAUUUCACGAAGAACGCUGUGGAGAAAGACACCAAGAUCUGUUUCCGGUGCGCACCGUCUCCGAACGCCACUCCAAAGCCGACGCCUGGCUCCACCCUGGACGCAUGCGUGAUCUUCGUCACGCUCAAGGCUCGAGAAACCGUCACGUCUGCCCCAGUUGAAGCCGCCGACUCCGACGACGUGCCAGGGGCCUCGGAAACGCCUGCUGGGUCCACGGAUGCGGCGCUCACCGAAAACAGCGAAGCGAACGUUGCGCGGCAAGACGAGACAAACCCGAUGGGCGGCAGCGCGUCCACUCCCGGUGUCGAGCGGCGAACCCCGAUGCAGGACAACCCGGAGGAGGCGACUCCCGCCGUCGAGGUAAAGGACACUCGGCCGCGUGUUGCAGGCGCACGGAUCUGCUCGGCAAACGAAGAGAGAGUGACAGUCCCCCCGAACCAGCAAACCAGUUUCGGCUGUGGUGCGUCGAUGGUCCUGGAACCAGCCGAUCGCACAACCGUCUUCUUUGCAGGUGCUGACGAAAAGUGCAGCGGCGCCGCCGUCUCCCUCGUGACGGUUGUGCCGGGGUCGCAGCUGACUGCCGAGACCGUCGCUGGACAAGACGUCUUCACAUUCAAGGCUGGUACCUUGGCCGCGAACGAAACCAAGCACCUCUGCUACAUCUGCUCGACCGUCGAGACCACUGGAAACAACACGCAAUGCAGAAUUCUCCUUACAGUCUCCUCCGGCGCCCCCAGCCUCGCCCUGUCUGUCGGUCUUGGUCUUACUACCGUUCUCGGAACCUCCUUCGCUCUCGCUUUCUAA